AUGUCGCCUGUCGCUUUUGCUGUCAUCCGACUUGGAAGUAACUCCUCUAUCUUGUUAAGAAUAACUUAUAAAUAAGAUGUUCCUUCAAUCUUUGUGGCGCUGCGAGCAAUCUGUCUGCUCUGCUCUGGUGGUAGUGGUGAUGAGGAUGAUGAUGAUGAUGAUGAUGGUGGUGGUGGUGGUGGUGGUGGUGGUGGUGGUGGUAAUUAACGCGCUAAGUGCUAAUUAACGCGAGUCCAAUUGCUCCACGAACAGUACUCCUGAUAUUCAUAAUUUCAUUUUCCUCUCUUCUCCCAUCACUGGGAAUAAAUUUCUGUAAAAAUUUGUAUGACCGCUGCACACAUAAAACCCAGUCGGUGCAUAUAAAAACGCCCAAAGGACAACAAAAUGCAGAUUCCAAAAUGAAGCUUAUCAAUUUACGAAUUGGAAUAUAUACCAGAAAAGCACAGAGGAAAGCUGGGGGACCCACUGAUGAGCCGAACUUUUCGCAGCUGUAUCAUGCAGCAGCAGAAUCUCGGCGAAACAUUUGUCUGGGCUUUUAGCUGGCACAUGUGCUGUCAAUUACGGUGUAUCAUGCUACCAGUCAAACGCAGCAUCAAACGACCAAACUAUGCCUUGAAUUCCUUAAUCAAGUUUGCACUGAAUAUGUGCCGUUUUCUUGCAACGCAUUUAAUUUUCAUGUACGGCGUUCGAAGACCCAAGCCAACUAUUUCCCUCAAGUAACUGAAGUACAUUAUCUGUGAAAGUUAUAUGAAAUGCGUGUUAAGCUAACUAAGCGUCAGACUACUCGCCAAACCAGCCAGGAAAAUCGAGACACGUUUGAGCAAACCUGACCGCCGAGGAAGCCAACAAAGCUCAGACGGAAUUUCCAUCAUUCCCAUGGAUAACAGUUUUCAGCCCACAUGCGUCGACGAAAAAGCAGUCCAGUUGGCAGGUGAAGGAUUACAGAAAAUUCAGAAUAUGAGUUAGUCAGAGACCAAAUGAGGACGGUGGCAUUUCUGGUUUUGCGGCAGGGCUAUUAUAGGCGAGGAUUAAUCCCGAAGUUCGGCAUAUAAGCUAAGAUACGUUGGGCUCUGCGAGACAUCGAAAAACUAUGUGAAAGGAACUGAUCCCACCGUUACAUAAUCAUAUAGAAGUCUGCUUUCAGAUAUGCAUCUAAAUGAAAAAAAGGACGAGUAACUCAAAAACCACGCAUUUUGGUCUCAAGUCACCUUUAAACGAAAACGAAAACGGUUGACUGCUUCAUUAGAGUAGUUGAGACACCUCCAUUUUCUAGAUGGGUGUCUCGCUGACCAGGAUUUCGUAUUUAAGUUCCAAUGCAUUCCAGGUCGACAUAAAUCCACCGUCCAGGCUCACUCUCAGCACCCUCUCAUGUGGAACCAAAAGCACACAGUUAUGAACAGUCGACAGGGCUCGAUGGGGAGUAGAGUCACGGUGCUGCAUCUACCACAGAAAGUUUGGACACAUUUCAGUGUAGCAAAAUAUCUGCGAAAAAUCGUGGUAUUCCAGUUUGAUAAGCUACACCGCAGUUAAACUUACAGUUGAUUGCAAUAAGGUACAAAUUUGGUGAAUUUAAUUAUCGUUGAGUUCCAAGAAUAUGCGCCUUUCUAUAUCUUCCUCAUCAUUUGUUUAAAAUGACUAAGUCUAAAAAAAACAAUGGAAACGCUUAAUUGAACACUGUAUCUCCCCUUCUUAACUUGCUUUUUAUGGGAGAGCAUGGUUAUCAUGACGUUAGUUAAACGAAGCAGGCAUACUUUAGAGCAAAAGGUACAAAGUUACUAGUCAGUGAGGAAUAAGAGUCACCAUGGCGGAAAUCUAGAAGAGGGAAGACAGUUCCAGAUUCAACACUAUAUUUGCAUAAAAAAAGUUGAAAAGAAGUAAGCUGUUUAAUUGAUCUUGGUAAAAACUUUCUAGUCGGACGCAUUGCAGUGGUAGUUGAUGUCCCAGAUGUCCUCAGUCAUCAGCCUCUAUCAUGAUUCAUUCCCGCGUCUCCCUCAUCCACAACUCCUCACCUCUACCUCCCAUUGUCUGUUCGCGCCGUCCACUCGGCCAUCAACAUAUGACUAUGCGAUAUUCAUAACAACGGAAAACACUGAUUUGAAUGGGCAGGCGGAGCAAGGUACGCGAGGUCUAGAUGUGAAAUUGUUAGGCCCCCAAACCGUAGUGAGCCACGUCUUUUUCAAACCUUCAAAACUUUGAUGGCCUUGUGACCAUUGCAUGCGCAAGGGUCCGUUAACUGUACAUAUAUUUGUCGCCAGUUGGCACCUAGUCUGAGCAAUCUGCUUCCAUUCAUUUUUUAUCUACCUUUUCUCCCCUCUUCAUUAUCAGGUGUCUUAGACGCUGUGAGUUUUUCAAAGGUCGACAUCGAUGGUCUUUUACGAGCUGUCAGUCUUGGCACAUAGCAUCGUCCUCAGGCAACCACCAGUCCAUAAAACACAUGCAUUCUGCCCGGCGGGGUGGGGUUAGUAGUGUAGGACGUUUGACUUACUAGCAAAGUUUAAUGGCGUGAACAGACAUGACGAAGAUUUGCGGAGUUCCAAACACACGUGUGUAAUGUGCCGACCGUGAGAGGAAUUGAGUACACCCAUGUCAGCUCCUAACUCCUCCGCAAGCACAACAGCUCGUUGUCUAUGAGCAGUUGCACGAUUACAAAACAAAUAUUUUAACUUUGGCUAAUGAGGACAAGGAAACAAGGAGUGAAAAUCGUUCAUUUUUUGGCUCAUUCUUCCUUCCCCGCCCCAUCCCUUCCCUUGAAUAUGAAUCAGGGCUUUACUCCAAGUUGCGGUAAAAAAUGAAAAUGUACUAGGUCUCUCGUGAACUAAAAGCUCGUAAGUUUGCACGUUCUUUGUGGGAGGUUGUGGGAGGGGACAAGCAGAAGAAGAAGAAGAAGAAGAAGAAGAAGAAGAAGAAGAAGAAGAAGAAGAAGAAGAAGAAGAAGAAGAAGAAGAAGAAGAAGAAGAAGAAGAAGAAGAAGAAGAAGAAGAAGAAGAAGAAGAAGAAGAAGAAGAAGAAGCGUAUGUACGAGUUCAUGGGGCGAAAACCACCCGAUGGUCAGUUAAUCUUAAUAAUACUAAAACAUACACUUGGGAGCACAACAGAGUAUUAAGCCGUUAAAAGGAACCCGCAACAGUAGAGAAUAACUACGAAUAAAGAGCCAAGAUAAUUUCAAGUGCACAGGAUGGACAUGUAAACUAGAAUCGCCUCACAUCCUGCUGACACACCCUGAGGUAAAGCUCAUCGUUUACAUUCCUGAACUCUAGACUGAGGAAGCUUGUGGCAUGACGCAUACUGUGGCUUAAAACAGCACAGAGGACUAGUUAGGGCGGAUAAAACGGGCCAACAAUAUGGCCUGCUUGUUGGCAAAAUAUGGCCGUGUCGUUUUGAUUUGGGGCUCUAGUCUAUAGCCCUCGCCAGUAGUUAGACGAUGACGCGUGGUCGAAAACGCAAAAGUACUAUUGAAAAAAGGCAAUGGAGAUGGAAAUUUCCACUUAUUGUUUAUCAGUCGCCGUUGGCUAGUGCUACUUCAGCCCCAAAGUUUUGAAAAACUGAGGUUUUUCGUUGAACACCAAGCUUAACGUCUGCGGUUAGAAAUUGUUGGAGAUUUUUUGAACCAACGGGAAUCUUAGGAACAUUUGGAUACUACUCAAGACUUUGUCGAAUUUCAGCACUUUGAUUCUUUACUGGAAAUAACCAUUUGGACCAAACCGAAGUGCUUCCUACCAGGACGAAUUCUGAGCUUCGCAAAGAGUGAGAAAAUCCCCGCAUUCAUAGGGGAAUUUAAACAUGUUGGUGAGAUAAGUAACAUAAAUUACUGUACCCCACUAGGCUCCGCCCCGCGGUACCAGCAUUCGUGGUCACGUUUACCGUCUCACCAAACCGAAAUUCACUUUUCGUGCCUAUUGGUCAAGAAAAAACUCGUUUAUUGCUGAUGCACGGCUUGUGAAAGUGACCACUUUUUGUUACAAAAGCUUUCGACUAGAAAGGUCGGAAAGAGCAAAAUCUCGUCGCUGUACUGCACGGGUAAAGUGAAUUUCCCGAUACUUUCCAUCCCAAAAUGCCCUUAUGCAUUGAAAGAGAAUGGAACAAUCAUAGCAGGCCAAGAUGAUGCUAAUCACAAUUUGUGAUUUCUUAAAAAAACCAAAAAGAAGGCUUUGGAUAGCCGGUUGGUAGGCUCUCUUGUCCAUGUUUACGACAUGGCAACUCCAUCGUAAUUGAAUUUGCCUCAGUAUGGCGUGGAUGUUGUGGAUUCCGGUUCUUUCUAGGACACCCGUGUCUGCUAUUCUACCUGCUCACCUCAGCUUCAGUAUUUUUCGGUGGCGGCCAGGGUGGAAAUGGUUUAAUUUCCUAGCUCAGUUAUCGUAAACAGUUCAUGUCUCCAACCUGUACACCAGUUUUGUGAUGAGUGGGAGUCCACUACAAUUCCACACUGAGUCCUGCAGCCGGUCGAAGACCUGGCUGGCUUUGGAGAUCUGAUUGGUGACUUCAUCAUUAAUCUUGGCAUUUCUGUGCUGUGGGGCACACGGUCGACAUCGCCGGGCACGGCGGUCGAACUCUUGUGUUUGCUACCACAAGCUGAGCUCCAUUGACGUAGAUAUGGGAUUCAUCAUAAUCCACAUUUGGCGCUAGCUACUGCAUGACCACUCUUUCCCCGUGCUCAUUGUCAGUACAAAGUUGGAACAGCCGGAAGCAAAGGGAUCCACACUCUGUUGCAUGUCCUCUUCAGUGGUGAUCCUUAGCAUGCAGUCAUCCGUGAACCAUAAGUCGAGGACUCAGACGACGGAUGUUGAAUAGUUUUCCGUCGGUUCGAGAGAUGAUGCCGAUCCCUGACCACUCUGGACGAUAGAAGUUUAUCAGCAUAAAGGAGAAUAAGAUACCUGAUGGGGUGGGAACGAGGACGCAGGCGUGCUUCACCCCAUUGGUUGCCGCAAACGCUUCAUAUAGUACCCCGUCGUCCGUGAGGUGAGUCAUCAUCCUAUCGUGAACUGGACGCCCCAUUUGUGCAAAGUUCCCCGGAUAUCCAUAUUUUUGCAACGUUUUCCAGAGGCCACCGCGGCUGACUCUGUCGAAGAUCAUUGUUAA